AUUCCUGCAUGUAUCAAUCAUUUUAAUCAAAUCAGUAUCAAAGGAUUUUUAAUUUAUUUAUGGCAAUGCGUAUUGUUACACAGUGGAUUAAAAUUUAAAGUACUUUUUAGGAAUAGAGAGCUGAACGAAUCAAAUUGAACGUGUCUUUUAAAAAAAUACUUUUUGGUCCUAAAAACAUGACCAAAAUAAAAAGAAAUAAAGGUUCCGUUUUUCAAAAAUAGCAUUCGUCGUGGGAAACGCGCGACUUGAACUGCACACGGAAGUGUGUUUGUUUCGGUUAAUGACGUGUGACGUCACCGUCUCGAUUCACCUGUGCGGUGUCGGAUUUCAAAGACAAGAGGGCGGAAGAAGGGAGGGAGGCAGGCGGGGAAGAUAGCCUGCGGGGAGGACGGCUCGGACGGACGGAAGCUGACCUCUUCAAUGGUAGGACUCUCCAACAUUUCCACUCACUUGUUGCCCUGAGCAUGAAUGAAGUCACACUCGCCACUCACUAGCGUACAACUCCAGACGCAACGCGAACGACAAUUUUCGUCCUGAACAACGCAUUUUGAGUGUUUCGCCAACCCAGUCGACUUGUCAUGGACGAAGGUGGCUCCGCGUUGCCCGAUUUGAAGGACUUGGAGACCAAGUUGGGUCGCAAAGUUCCCGAAAGUCUCGUUCGCUCGCUUGUGGGGAGCAGACACGACAAGGCGACCCCUACGUCGGCACGUUCCGGACAUAAUUCCGCGGACUUUGACCGACUGGAGGGUAAACUCCUUUUCCUCAAACAAGAAAUGGCGAACCUGCGCGCCAUCGACGUGGACCUGAUGCAGCAGCUCAUGUCCAUCAACGAGGGCAUCGAAUCCAUCCGCUGGGUGAUGGACGACAAAGGCGACACGGUCAGCCAAGACGGCAGCCUGACGGGCAGCCUCUACACCCUGUCGGACAGCCAGGACGGCGCCUCGCUGCCGGGUAGCCUCAGCAGCUUGAACGACGCCAACAGCGACGAACUGGACGCGCUGUCUGUGGGCAGCUACCUGGACACGCUCGCCGACGACCUCCGGGAAGACCUUUCGCCAACCAACCUGGACUGCUUUGUUGAUAAAUCCGUAAUAGACGGCGACGCCUUCUGCAAAUCGCCGGUGAAACUGAGCGUGCAAUCCGAUGAAUACUACUGCUUUGGAUAAGGAUGAUUUUUAGCGGCCAUAGGUGCCAUUUCGUGUAUGUGUGUGUGUGGUCGCGAAUUAACAUCGCUGACUCACCCGUGUGACUUUUAGUUUUACUUUGAAACUAGCCACACCUCAGCAAACUACUUGCGGUCACACCCUUACUUCGUUUUUGUUGGUUGGUUAACAUUUGCAGCUGUGUCUUCUGGUUCUGGGUGCAAACGUCAUAUUUAUUGACCGACAUUUUUUAUUUAUUUACCUUCGAAUUUGUUGUCGUUUCUGGUUUGUACACUGGGGUGAUACCCUCGGACAUCUGGACCCUUGACUGUUACGACUUGGUGACGUACUUGGAUCCUUUUAGGGACAACGCCUUGGAGUUUUUGUGGGUGUCUUGAAAAAACAAAAGAAACACCCCUUUAAGGUACAGGGGCUUGUUUUUGGUUGGUAGGUUCAAAUGUACUUUUGUAGCCUUGAUACUUGACUUUUAGAGCCUGGAAACAUACAGUGCCCGAAACAGUACCUUGGAGUCCUUUAUUUCGAUUUGGUCAAGUAUGUGAUGUGACUCGAGCCUGAUUUUCCAGACCCAAACCCGGCGGUUCCUUAUGAUGGCUACAAUGGCUUUUCACUCAGGUGGUACCGUCAGAGUUCUGACUUUCUGACCCUUGACUGUUGGCUUUUGCAAACAGGCUCGCAAACUGUACAUUUUCGGGUCCAAUGAUGAGUCCUAAAUGGGAGAGAAUUGACAUAAUUUUUCGACACACUUUAAAUGAUUGACUUUUAAGCGGUUUGAUGCCUUCUCACUCGAGCGGUACAGUCAUAGUUUGGAUUUUUGGAUUAGUAGGCCACUGUUGAUUCUUACAGUUUGGCAGGAUACGUUUUAUCUUUCCAGGCUCAGAGAAAUGGUACCUCAAAAUUCUUUUUUUGUUUUUUUUUAAAGUCCAAAGCCAUUUAAAUGUUAGUGUUUUCUGACGCACCCUCUGUAAAAUUUGUCUUCGUACAUUUGAAAAUGGUACCGUCGCGUCUGCUACUUUUGUAGCAUCAACGCUCGACAUUUCCAAUUUGUGAUUUUGCCCGUGUCCUUUGAGUCGCUGUAAAAAAAGUGACAAAAUCCAUGACUUGGGCGUGCAAUAAAUACCCCAUUGCACUACUGUAGAUUUGUGAGGUGUAGAAGCGGGUUCACUUGACUUCUCACCCUCGGACGACAACCGUAAAGAAGAAGAUAAAGAUUGAACAGCCAUUUGCACAAUUUGGACACCGCAUGUGAAGUGAUUGGAGACGCUUCAACUUUUUUUAUUCCAUGAAUCCGAAUCGAGAGCACAAAGAUCGGCGGAAUCUUAAACAAAGAACCAAAGAUGAGUUGCACGUUCGGGAUGCGUGACUGAACACCAAAGAUUGUCUCGUCGAUAAAAUGAGCUCGGAGCGCUGGGGAGGUUGUUGACGGCGGCCUCGUGUCAAACACGGCCGCUUCGUCAGCGCGUUUCCAAAUGUCCUUUUUUUUUUUUUUAAACGAUCUGUACAUACACGUUGUUGUGUUGUAGCUCGUCUCAGACGCUGCUUUGUUUUUUUGUACUCUGUACUGAUUGGUGAUGAUGUUCAGCAAAUGACAUGAUAAUAUAUUGUGAUUUCGUACACAAGAUUCCUUGUCCUUUUUUUUUUCUGUCCCAUUAGCGCCACACAGAUCUACUCACCUUAAUCCAGACACAUUAAACGUGCUUGUAACUUUGUCUCGGCAGAUUAAUGAAGUUUCAUGCUGCCUUCAUCUCUUUCAGGUUUUAGCAAGCUUUAAUCUCCGUUGAAAUCCGGUCCCCCAACUAAGGAACUUUUUUUUUUUUUUUUUUUUUUUUUUAAUGGAAGUGCCAAACAAAUAUUUGACUGUUCAGACUACUACAACGAAGCAGGUUCUGCUAGUUCAUCGUCUUGCGGUGAUGAUGCCUGACGUUUCUAAUACAGUAAUGGUGUCUGGAUCAGUGACGUUAUGCCAACCGCAGCAUGCAAAUGCCAAAUGAAGUGUGUGGGUGCGUGCACGUGUCUUUGUCUGUGUGUGUGUUGUGCACGCGCGCAAUCACCAUUUAACCGUUGUGACUAAGUCCAAUUACAAUCUCUUACAGUCGAAACUGUGUACGUGCAGCAGGGAGCCAUUAGCAAAUUAGACACAGCGGGCCUACUGGGCCCCGUUCCCCCAGAUGUAAUGCGACACCGUCUGGAAUCUGGGAAACUGUCGCCAUGCGACCCGAUGAGGAUCCAGGAUGUGGGUUAUUUGAGUUAAAAGCAUGGGCUGCGGGUGAGAGCGGGGUAAAGGGCCAAGUGUGCGUACUGUAACUGUCGGACGACUUCAUUCCGAUUUAAUUACCGUCGUGGUUGACGUCUCGUCGUCAUGAAAAGAAAACGGAUUCCCCUGUGUAAAUAGGCGACGAUGCGUGGCAAUUUGUGUGAGACACGAUGGUUAGUCUGGGUAAACUGAGGACAUUUGCAUUCAGUCUGGAAAUGCUCGAAUGCGUCAAAACAGAAAUCUGAGAAAUCUGAGAUAUCAACAUGAUUUGCUGCUCUUGAAACUUCAAUACAGUGAAACUCUUCUACAACGAAA